AUUCUAAUCAUGCACUCCACGUUGUACAUAUUUAAAAUUAAUUUUAGCCGUAGUACAUUUUUCCACCAUGUUUAGUAACCGAUCUCUAAAAAUAUUUCCCUUUCUCAUACAAAUAAUCCGCUCUUUGUCUCCAAUAUCCGCCCAAACUUGCGGCUCUACCGACGUCUUUACGCGAUCCGACGACGAAUUAAUUUUCGCCCAGUUUCCCCUUCAACUUGCCAACUCUAUCGCCCUGUUUGACGGCCCGGCCUCAGUUUCUGUCGCCCCCACCAAAACGGUCAACACGAUCACAAUGACAACCGAGCAGCUCAUUUACUACAACUACUUCUCGGCCUCGAUGUACUGCCCGACCACGCUGGAGACGUUGUCGUGCUGUUAUUGUGGUCAUUUCAACGCCACAGUGACAGAAUUUGCAAUUUUUACGAAUAACGAAUUGAACACGAAGGCGUUGGUCACGUUGCACAGCAGUUUGCGCGAAAUUGUGGUCAGUUUCAGGGGGAGCGUCACUUUCAUGAAUUGGAUCAUGGACCUGACCCUCUUGCCGACACAAGUUUCCGGAGUGGAAAUUCAUACUGGAUUCUAUUUAAGCUUAAUGUCUCUUUAUAACGAGAUUGUGGAAGAAGUUGGCUUUCUGCUCCUUCAAAAUCCGGGAUUUCAUGUCGUUGUAAACGGUCACAGCUUAGGCGCCGCGAUGGCGUCUGUGUUCAUAUUUCAAUUAACGACUCUUAACCAAUUUCCUGGGACGCAGUAUUCCUUAGUGACAUUUGGUCAACCGAGGACGGGAAAUGUGGGAUAUGCAGAUUAUAUGAAUGCUCUCCCCAUUCCGAUGGCCAGGGUGGUCGCUAGAGCCGACAUAGUCCCUCACAUCCCACCCGUUAGCGCCUUCGGGGUCGUCGACGUUCUCACCGGCAUCAAUUAUGUGCAUCACACUCAAGAAGUUUGGAUCAAUGGUAAUGUUCCCCCAACUUUUUGUUCCAAGAAUAUCUACGAGGAUCCCACCUGUUCCAAUUCGCUCGGACCGUUGUACUCCGUUCUGGACCAUAACCAGUAUUUCGAUGCGGAUUAUUCCGUUUGCAUCCUGGUCGAGGGAUGGUUGGGGAUAGACUUUGUAACCGUGGAGGGCUUCACCCCGACCAAUUUUAUCCCUCCGAUGCCCACCGUGAUGCAAGGCUUCCUCACGGGCUUGAUACAAGGCGGGUAUCAAGGCGCAUUACCAUCGCUAGGGUAACUAUUUCGGAUUAUAUCUUCGUCCCAAUUAUUAAGAAUCAUUUUUGUACAAUAUCAAUGUAAAUAUGUAUGUUAGUGGUUUUGUGCAAUUGUCGUGUUUAAUAGGUUAUUAAAAUUGCAUUUGUCAAAAAAUAAAUAAAAUCGAAAUCAUAAUA